AUGGCUCCUCAGGCUCUGAGAUUCUUCAUGAAUCUGGACAAACCAUUUAAUUGCACUCAGUGUGGGAAGAGUUUCAGCCAAUCAGCAUACCUUAAUCAACACAUGAGGAUCAACACUGGAGAGAAACCAUUUAAUUGCACUCAGUGUGGGAAGAAUUUCAGCCAAUCAGCAUACCUUAAUCAACAAAUGAGGAUCAACACUGGAGAGAAACUAUCCAGAUGCCCUCAGUGUGGGAAGAGUUUCAAUUGCUUAGCACACCUUAAUAAACACAUGAGGAUCCACACUGGAGAGAAACCAUUCACAUGCACUCAGUGUGGGAAGAGUUUCAGCCAAUCAUCAUCACUUAAUAAACACAUAAGGAUCCACACUGGAGAGAAACCAUUCACAUGCACUCUGUGUGGGAAGAGUUUCAGCCAAUCACCAUCCCUUAAACUACACAUGAGGAUCCACACUGGAGAGAAACCAUUCACAUGCACUCAGUGUGGGAAGAGUUUCCGCCAAUCACCAUCCCUUUAUUUACACAUGAGGAUCCACACUGGAGAGAAACCAUUCACAUGCACUCUGUGUGGGAAGAGUUUCAGCCAAUCACCAUCCCUUAAUCAACACAUGAGGAUCCAUACUGGAGAAAAACCAUUCACAUGCACUCAGUGUGGGAAGAGUUUCAGCCAAUCGUCAUACCUUAAUCAACACAUGAGGAUCCACACUGGAGAGAAACCAUUUGCAUGCACUCUGUGUGGAAAGAGUUUCAGCCAAUCACCAUCCCUCGUUCUACACAUGCGGAUGCACACUGGAGAGAAACCAUUCACUUGCACUCAGUGUGGGAAGAGUUUUAUCCACUCAUCACACCUUAAUCAACACAUGAUGAUCCACACUGGAGAGAAACCAUUCACAUGCCCUCAGUGUGGGAAGAGUUUCAGCAAAUCAUCAUCCCUUAAUCAACACAUGAUGAUCCACACUGGAGAGAAACCAUUCACAUGCACUCAGUGUGGGAUGAGUUUCAACCAAUCAUCAAACCUUAAUAAACACAUGAGGAUCCACACUGGAGAGAGACCAUUCACAUGCACUCAGUGUGGGAAGAGUUUCAUCCACUCAUCAUACCUUAAAAUACACAUGAAGAUCCACACUGGUGUGAGAGAGUAUAUGUGCUUGGAAUGUAAGAAGACUUUUAUCACAGCUGCAGAAUUGAAACGGCACCAGAGGAUUCACACUAGAGAAAAACCGUACAAGUGUUCACACUGCAGUAAGAUGUUUACUCACUCACGAACCCUGAAAACACAUGAGAAAAUUCACACUGGAGAGAAACCGUAGACAUGAUCAGUGUGUACAGAGUUUCACUCAUUCGGGGCAGCUUAAGAAACCCAUGGGAUGGUACGUGUAUGGCUUCGACACAUGUAGCAGCAUAGAAAGAGCGCUCCCAUACACACUGGU